AUGUACGGCUCCCAAUUAUGGGGGAAUGCCAGCAACAGUAAUAUUGACAUAGUCCAGCGAGCUCAGUCGAAUAUCUUGAGAACCAUCACCGGGGCACCGUGGUACGUUCGCAACGAAAACAUACAACGCGACUUAAAUAUUCUACCAGCCAAGGAAGUGAUCGCAGAACAGAAGAAAAAGUACUUUACCAAGCUACUGUUGCACCCUAACCACCUGGCGAGGUCUAACAAGAUGGAUAUCAACGAAAGGGUCAACUACAUUAAGCUACAAAAGCUGUGUUUAAAUUGUUUCGCAGGAGGCCAUAUCCUGGCCGAGUGCACAAGUGCGCACAGCUGCUUUACUUGCAAGGGUCGUCAUCAUACACUCCUGCAUCGAGUGAACCCGGCGCCGACAGUUACAACCCCCACUCCAUCUCCAAUACAGUCCACUUCCACCCAGUCAGCUAACGUCCAAUCAUUCCUGGCAGUUAACACACAAGGUGUUCUGCUGAGCACAGCUGUCAUUCACAUAUGCCAUCUCGGCGUCCGCUAUACAGCUCGGGCUCUGAUCGAUCCCGGGUUAGAGGCCACCUUCCUUUCAGAAAGAUUGUUCAAACAUUUGAGGAUGCCAUAUACAUCCGUGCAAGCCCACGUCUCUGCCCAGCCCCGAAAGUACUGCCAAUUCUUAAUUGGCUCCCCUGUCAGACAGGAUCUGCAGAUUGAGGCGUCGGCGUAUGUCCUUCCCCAGUUAGCGGGGAAUCUGCCCUCAUGUACAGUCCCACAAAAACUCCUCGAAAAUCUGCCAAAUAUCCAGUUGGCAGACCCCAAGUUCUUUGAGAGUUCGCAGAUUGAUGUGCUACUAGGCGCUGAUAUCCUCCCGUCCAUUCUGCUCGGUGGCUCUCACCCUAACAUUUGUGGGACCCUCCUUGGUCAAGAGACCAUUUUCGGUUGGAUCCUGACAGGCCCUGUGUCGAGAUCCACUUCUAAGUCCAUUUCGUCCUUUUCGGCUCGACUGUCCAUAGGCGAACUCCGCCAUUGGAGGAACUCCUCUCCAAAUUUUUGGAGAUGGAGGACCUUCCCGCUAACCCAGCGAAAGAGUCUGACCUUGUCUGUGAGGCCACGCCAUCGCCACGACCGUGCGAAUCUCAACUGGUCGCUAUAUGGUCACGCUCCCAUUCCGCGAUACUGUCCCCCAUCGAGUUCCGGCAACUAUUAUUUGCCGCAUCACGCUGUUCUCAAGCCCGACAGCACCACCACGAAGCUUCGCGUUGUAUUCAACGCCUCCAGUCCGACUUCAAACGGGAAGAGUCUGAACGACAUCCUCCACACUGGGCCGAUCCUGCAAUCUGACCUAACCAUUCAAAUCCAGAAAUGGAGGUUUUUCCAAUUCGACAACACCAAGAUGUAUCGGCAAAUCCUUGUGGACCCCAAACACACCCGGUUUCAAAGGUUGCUCUUCCGUACGCGAGACGAGAAGUUGUGCGACUUUGAACUCAACACAGGCACCUUUGGACUAGUGACAUCAUCGCCAAAUUAUAUGUACGUUGAUGACGUCCUAGCAGGAGCUCACACUAAGCAGACCGCGGUGUCUGCUAUAGAUGAGCUUCGAACAGCGCUUGAGAGUGCUGGGUUCCCUUUGCGUAAGUGGACCUCGAACUCAAAACAUGUGCUAAAGAGAAUCCGUAAGGAAUACUUGCUCUGUGCAGACUUCCCCGAGAUCGACAAAGCUAGUGUCACAAAGACGAUAGGUAUUCGAUGGCGGGCCACGUCCGACGAGUUCUUUUUCGUCACCGCCGAGAUGGUGUCCAAACCAUCUUUCACCAAGAGAGAAGUGCUGUCGCAGAUCGCCAAGUUGUUCGACCCAGCAGGUUGGCUUAAUCCCGUGGUCAUUUGGGCCAUUCACAUUCCCAGAUGGACCAAGUCCAUCCAUUCACCCGGCGCAAAAAUCCAAUUCCACGGCUUUUGCGACGCCUCUCAGAGCGCGUAUAAAGCCGCUCUAUAUGCACGAGUGGAAACGGCCGGACAUGUGUUCGUACGCCUCCUUGUGGCAAAGACUAGAGUUGCACCUAUCAAGACGGUCUCUCUACCUCGUCUUGAGCUGUGCGGAGCUCUCCUGUUGGCAGAAUUAUCCGCCGCCCUCCUACCACACUUCUCCACACCCGACGCUGAGACGUAG